AUAGCGUCAAUCUAAAGCCACGCGCUCAGAGCCAGAGAUCCAUAUAAGUGCCUCCCUCCUCACCUCUCUAAACUUAAGUCGCCGUCUUCGUCUCCUUGUCUCUGUCACUCCACUGCUCUUAGAUUCUCUCUCCCCACUCACUACCUUGAACCCAAUGGCUUUGCCAAACCAGCAGACUGUUGAUUAUCCAAGCUUUAAGCUUGUCAUCGUCGGCGAUGGAGGCACUGGAAAAACCACUUUUGUGAAGAGGCAUCUCACUGGAGAGUUUGAGAAGAAAUAUGAACCAACCAUUGGUGUGGAGGUUCAUCCUUUGGAUUUCUUCACAAAUUGCGGAAAGAUCCGCUUUUACUGCUGGGAUACUGCUGGGCAAGAGAAGUUUGGUGGUCUUCGGGAUGGCUACUACAUUCACGGGCAAUGUGCAAUCAUUAUGUUUGACGUCACAGCUAGGUUGACAUACAAGAAUGUUCCUACAUGGCACCGUGAUCUCUGUCGGGUCUGUGAGAACAUACCCAUUGUUCUCUGCGGAAACAAGGUUGAUGUGAAGAACAGGCAGGUUAAAGCCAAGCAGGUUACCUUCCACAGGAAGAAGAAUCUGCAAUACUAUGAAAUAUCGGCAAAGAGCAACUACAAUUUUGAGAAGCCUUUCCUCUACCUGGCUAGGAAGCUUGCAGGUGACACAAAUCUUCAUUUCGUUGAGUCUCCUGCCCUUGCUCCUCCAGAAGUACACAUUGACUUGGCUGCUCAACAACAGCAUGAAGCGGAGCUUGCACAGGCAGCCAAUCAGCCUCUUCCUGAUGACGAUGAUGAUGCAUUUGAGUAGAGGGCUUUAAAUACUUUGCUAGGAUGGUUUUCAUUCAACCUUUAUUUCUAUUUAGGCGUUGUCAUUGGUAGUUGUCCUGGAAAUGUUGACAAUAUAAUGGAGGAUUUGAUUUUCGGAAAUGUCAUAUAACAAUGACUCUAUUUAGGCGGAUUUAAAUUCAGCUAAUAUGAGCUAUUGAUUAUCAAUGGUUGUGCUGGUAGUAAAAUCA